AUGUAUCGAGGCUGGAACCUUGUGUUGACGAUUAUUGUCACUUUUCUCUCUGGAGAAUGUCUUGGAUUUUGGUCAUGGCCAUUUAAAUUUCAAGCCGCUGUUGCAGAACAAGAGCCUAUCAUAGAAUCAACGACAUUCGAGUAUGCUGAUAGUCAUGCAAAACGUAUUGCAAUCAUUGGUGCUGGAGCUGGUGGAUCUUCCUCGGCAUAUCAUUUACAAAAGUAUGCUGCUGAAUCAGACCUUGCAAUCAACGUUACUGUUUUCGAACGAUCCUCAUAUAUCGGGGGUCGUUCAACAACGGUGAAUGCAUAUGGUAAUUCAUUGGAGCCAGUAGAAUUAGGAGCUAGCAUCUUCGUUGAGGUAAACGCAAUUUUAAAAAAUGCAAGCCGAGAGUUCGACUUGAGUCCAAAAUCAUCCACUACCGAGGAAGACGAAGUUCUUGCUAUUUGGGAUGGAGCAAAAUUUGUUUAUACUCAGAAGGAUAGCGAUUGGAAGUAUUGGGAUAUUGCAAAGCUCUUGUGGAAAUACGGACUUGCCCCCAUCAAGACUCAAAGCUUGAUGAAAUCUAUAGUUGGAAAGUUCUUGCAACUUUAUGAGGCACCAUAUUUCCCAUUUAGAUCUCUCACGGAAAGAGUAGAGGAAUUAGGACUAAAAACCGUUGCAUCUGUAACGGGCGAACAGUUCCUAGCUGAUAACGGCAUUGGAGGCACUUUCCCGACAGAGUUAAUCCAAGCAUCGACUCGGGUUAACUAUGGCCAAAAUCUAAACGUCAUCCACGGCGUAGAGACCAUGGUUUGUAUGGCAAUCGAAGGUGCAAUGCAAAUUCAAGGCGGUAACUGGCAGAUCUUCGACAACAUGAUCAAAUCUACAAAUGCUACCGUUCGUCUAAACCAUACCGUUACCGAAAUCUCCCAUGUCCAAGACCAAGAUAAAUACCAUGUCAAGACAGUCACUACCGACGCUAUUGGUGUCUCCCAUACCAACGAAGAACCAUUUGACACCAUCAUCAUCGCGGCUCCUCUCCAAUACACCAACAUCAAAAUGUCCUCUGACCUCCUUCAACACACCCCCGACGAGAUUCCCUAUGUAACUCUGCACGUGACACUCUUCACCUCUCCCUACGGACUCAACCCCACCUACUUCAAUCUAGGCCCCAACUCUGAAGUACCUACCACAAUCCUCACAACUCUGCCCAAGGACACUUCCGCCCCCACGGACCCCAAAGAUUUCGCCGGUCCCGCCGGUUUCUUCUCCAUCUCCACUCUCCGCAAAGUCAUUAACCCCACCACCCUCGAAUACGAAUACCUCUAUAAAAUCUUCUCUCCUCAACCACUCUCCUCCGAAUUCCUCUCCUCUAUCCUCAACAGCGCCGUUCCUGUCCCAGAAGACCUUAACACCAUUUUCCCUUCAGCAAAUAACACAAUAACAUGGUACCAUCCCCACGUCUGGAACUCUUACCCCUACGAAUACCCUCGCGUAACAUUCGAAGAGAUUCAACUCGCACCAGGUAUCUACUACACUAGUGGUAUCGAAUCCUUCAUCAGUACCAUGGAAACCAGUGCAUUGAUGGGUAAGAAUGUCGCGAGAUUAGUAGUCGACGAUUUCUUGAAAAGUACGGAGUCAGAGCCGGAGCCAGUAGUUGAGAAAGUCGAAGCCGAAAAUGUAGUUGUUGAGGCAGAGAUUGGUGUUGGUGGUGAUAUACCUGUGGUUGAUGAAUUGUGA